UAGUGACAGCAGCACCCUCGCCACCACCUGUCGGCCCCUGCCACUUUCAAACGAGACGAUCGUCUGCUUCCAGCCCUCGACCCUUUCGACUCGUAAAAAUGAACGCAAGUGAGAUUUUGCUAGUUUUGGUGUCGCUUUUCCUGGCGGCGCACACCAACGCGGCGUACACAAUGCUGCGACCGAAAUUUGUGCGUCAAGCGCGUUCAUGGCGGACGAUUCCCUCGAACCCACAACCGGCCUACCAAGAACCAGCCUACUACCCUGCCUACGACGACAUGGAACCCGUCGAGAUCGACUACUCGGUGGCCAUUCCCAACGACUACUUUGACGAACCCGGCUCAAAUCUGCCCAUCGGCCAGGAGACCUGGUUCGAGGCGGAAAAGUCAAAGGUCAACGACGCCUUCAUGCAGAAUCUGAUGCAGCUCUACAGGCACGAGCCUGCCCAGCAGCAGCAAGAGCAGUACUACCCAUAUGAGCCUCAUUACAGCAACUACGACCAGUAUUACAUGAACGACGAGCAGCAGCUGAAACUGCUGAAGAGGGCGAAUGACUUGAGCCCGAGCACGGUGGCCCCGGCCCUGGCCGCGGCGACCAGGGCGCCCGCACACCAGGGCCAGAAAGAGGUGGCCAUGCUGCGACCUCCAAGUCCCCCGAAAGGUCACGCCGAGGUCAAACCCACGGCUCAUCCCUCGUCGGUGUACGACGCGAUCAAAAGGCUGCUCACGAUCCAGGACUUGCAGGAAGGGCAAAGCCACAUCAAGAAGAGAUUUGCUCCUAGCGAAGAAUCACUGGUCAAGCAACUGAACGGCCUGAAGAAGAUGUCAGCCUAAGCUGAGAGAGAGAGGGAUCGAUUUUCGCCAUCUCUCUUCUUGUAAAAAUUUCCAAGAACAAACUAACGUCACACUUAACAAAAAAAGGCCUCCUUUGGAGAGAAAAAAACCAUCAACUUGAAGAUUAUUUGACAACACGAGGUCCUCAAAGCAAAGUAAUAAAAUUCAUUAAGUAUAAUUGCGUAGGAAACAGAAAGAAAAACAAAAAACCAGUCGACUGAUCAACACACACUGACUCUUAACUACUACGUUAAUUAACUCACAAUUAGUUUUCGCAGAUUUGUAUUUUAAUAUAUAAAACAUAUGAAAAGAAACUCAAAAGAAAGAAAUUGAUGCGAUAAAAGUGUGUACAACAUCAGUAAUUUGAAAAUAAACUGAUUAUUUUUAAUUCCUACAGAUUAGCAUAAAUAUAAAUUUUCUCUUUUCGGCAUAUCAUUCGGGUAUAUAUAAAAGAGAAGAACAAACAGAUCACAAAUUAUAUUUUUGAUUCCACAGAAUAUUUGAGCGCAAGAAUAGCAGACAAAGAAAAAGAUACCUGUGAUAAAAGAUUUAAAGGGAAAAACUGUAGCUAUGCGAUUUUAUUUCCUCUGUAAAUUCCCCUCUUGAUUGUGGAGAGCCGAUUAUCACUUUUAGAACUUGCGAUCAAAAUUAAAUUUCUUAAUUUAAACCUGCAAGAAUUUAAUCGGCGUUGUGCUCUAUAUUUUGCUAAAUAAAUAAAUUGAAAAUAUAUUAGAUAACAAAUUGGUUUUGACGGUUAAUUCAUAAUUUUCGUCAAAUUGCGAUACAAAAAAUAGGGUCUUCCUAGCAGUAAAUGUGGCAGUGAAUUGCUUCAAGAAGCAAUAUUCCAAAUAUCCCUGUUAACCCUCUCAUUGUCAGUCUCAUCAACACUUAUUAAUUGUAAAAUACAAAAUAUUACAAACCACUCGCAACGUCCCCAGGAAUCCACAGAUAUUUAUCAAAUUAAUUAUACACAUAAUUGAAUUUGCAUGCUGUUUGAAAAAAAAAUAGUAGAAAUUGGUGGAUUAGAAUGAAGAAAUCGUCAUUUUAUCGCAACUAUUGAAAUGUUAUGGGAAAGUAAUUUUAAAAUAUCCACAAACCGUGUGUAUUUGACUGCUCUGAACAGAACCUUUCUCACUUCCGCCUCCUCCUUAACAGCCCUCCUGUCGCUUAAAGUCAAUUAAACUUUCACUUGCUUAAAUAUAUAUUUGACGAAACGUAUCAACUCAUUGAGAUACUUGUGCACUUUUUGGCGUCGCAUAUAUUUAAAAAAAACAGCAAAAAACGACAAACAUUUUCCAGGUUAGAAGCACUAACCUAUUAUAUCUCUGUAUAAAUCUUGGUUUGCACUUUUCGGAACUCUUUGGCUGCUGAUAAAGUACGAAUAUUUUGAAUUUGUAAAAAUUUCAUCUGCUGAUACAUAAUCUACCUCAUUGUCACGCGCAAUUUGACUUUAUUUAAUUGGAUCACAAUAUUGUAAAUUCACUCAUUGCAUUACUACGAAAGACGCGCGUAUUUCAAAAAAAGGAACUAAAAAUUGGUACUCACCGAAAACACAGAAGUCUCCAGAUGCCACUACGGACGCUUCGUCUCUCCUGAAAAUAAAUAAUUGUAAUUUGAAAUUUUGUGCAAUUUGUGUCUGACAAGAGUCAUAUCUUUGUAACUAAUUGAGUAAAGCCGUAGAUUGGUUGGAGAGAAAAAAGGCUUCAGAACUCUUUUUGUCUCAAAAAGAAAUUUAAGUCUGCUGGAGAUUGGGAAACAUAAGCUUAUGGUUUUUCAAACGAUUGGAUUAUAAAUUUGUGGUAGAUUUUGUAAAUUUGAAACUGGCCAAAUUAAACCGAAAUGUUUAUGAUUGUGCAUUUAAAAUGAACAUAAUGAGUGAGUAUUUUGACAAUUUAUUGCUGUGUACAUAGAUAUUUCACUAUUUGAAGGAACAAAAUACGCAUCAGGCACGUACAUCGAUGUGUUGGAUAAAUUGUCUCUUAAUUGAUUACAACAUACACAAUACAUAUAAAACGUGUAUUAAACGCAUAACAAUACACACAUAUAAUAUAUAUUUAUCAUGAAAGUAAAACGUAAUAGGAAAUAAUGAAACACCUCACUCAAACGACUACAAAACUAAUUGUUACAAUUUUGCUGUGUUACGUAGGAUUUUUGUGAAGAGAUAAAUCAAUAAAUUUUGAU